CUCUCUCUGCCCCGGUUCUUCUGCGUUCCGCAUGGCGGUGACUUGCCGGCUCCUGCGGGCCUUCCUGCGCGGCGGCGGCGGCGGCGGCUCCUUCCCGGGGCUGAUCGGCCCGUGGCGGUCCCGCUGCUACACCCGGGUGGCCGGGACGGAGGAGGCAGAGGAGGCCGGCCGGGACGUGGACAUGGGCCGGGAGGGCGAGCCGGGUCCCGGGGAGGGCGAGGACGGCGCCUGCCUGCGCCUCUCGCCCCCCCGCCUGCCCCGGGAGACAAGAGAUUUGCUGAAGGAAUUCCCGCAGCCGAAAAACCUUCUCAACAGUGUCAUCGGUCGGGCUCUUGGUAUCUCCCAUGCGAGGGACAAGUUAAUCUACAUCCACACCAACGGUCCGCGGAAAAAGAAAGUCACGCUGCUCAUCAAGUGGCCCAAGAAUGUCGAAGUGGAAGGCUACGGGACCAAGAAGAUCGACGCAGAGAGACAAGCCGCCGCAGCCGCAUGCCAGCUGUUCAAGGGUUGGGGCUUGCUCGGACCCCGCAACGAACUCUUCGACGCGGCGAAGUACCGCCUGCUCGCCGAGCAGCUGGGCUGCGCCGCCGACCGGAAGUGGUUCUCCGAAAGCCACUGGCGGUCAAAAUCGGGGCCGUCCCUGGCCGACCUCUCGACCUGCUGGCGGCGGAUGGAGCCCGAGGACCCCGUGCAGCCCCUGGAGCACAGCCCCCCCCUCCCCAAACCCAUCCGAAAUGAGGAAUUGGAGGAGGGGGAGCUGGAGGAGGGAGAACUGGAGGAGGGGGAACUGGAAGAGGACGCCAUUGAAGUGCCUAACGGCAUCUCCGUGUCGCGACCGGGAGGCCAGACGCCGCCCAGGGACCUGAGGGAUGGACUGUCGAUGGAGAUGACGGACGACAACACCGCCCUGCGCGCCCUGACUCAGUUUCCCCUCCCGAAAAACCUCCUCGCCCAGGUCAUCCAAAUCGCCACCUCCUCCUCCACCGUCAAGGAGUACAUGCAGUUCCGGACUGUCGGCACGAAGACCAAGAUCUGCAAACUGACCCUCCGCUGGCCCUGCCCCAUGACCUUCGCGGCCAAGGGCCGUCGCAAAGUGGAAGCGGAGAACAAGGCCGCGGCGCUGGCCUGCCAGAAGUUGAAGAGUCUCGGCUUAGUGGACAAGAACAACAAUCCGUUGAGUCACGCCAUGUACAACAUGACUUCCUUGCGGGAGCUGGGCGAGAACCAGCGGAAGCCCUGCCACAUCAAAGUCCCCGAGGCCACGUUGCGCAAGAUCGAGAACUACCUGAACCACUAUCCCGUCGACUCCCGGGAGUCCCGGCCGCGCCUGGCGGACGACGUGAUGAACCUGAGCAAGGAGAGCAACGGCGCCCUGAGCGACGCCAUCACGGGCAAAACCUACAUCCCGCUCUCCGAAUCGGAAGAGCUGCGCCUCAGCCAAAACCUGCUGGCCCUCUGGAAACGGCGGGGCAACCUGUGGCCCGACAGCCCCUCGCUGCCCGUGGACUCCCACAAGGAGGCCAUCCUCUCAGCCGUGGAGCAGCACCCGGUGGUGGUCAUCGCCGGCGACACCGGCUGCGGGAAGACCACCCGCAUCCCGCAGCUCCUGCUGGAGCACUACCUCCUGGAGGGGCGCGGCGCCCAGUGCAACGUGGUGAUCACCCAGCCCCGCCGGAUCAGUGCCAUCUCCGUGGCCCAGCGCGUGGCCCAGGAGCUGGGCCCCAGCCUGCGGCGCAACGUGGGCUACCAGGUGCGGCUGGAGAGCAAGCCGCCGGCCCGGGGCGGCGCCUUGCUCUUCUGCACCGUGGGUAUCCUACUGCGCAAGCUGCAGGGCAACCCCCGGCUGGAGGGGGUCAGCCACGUGAUCGUGGACGAGGUCCACGAGCGGGACGUCAACACCGACUUCCUGCUCAUCCUGCUGAAGGGGAUCCAGAAGCAGAACCGGCAGCUGCGCCUGGUGCUGAUGAGCGCCACGGGGGACAACCAGCGUUUCUCGGAGUACUUUGGCGACUGUCCGGUGGUCAAAGUGCCGGGCUUCAUGUAUCCGGUCAAGGAGUACUACCUGGAGGAUAUGAUGGCUAUGCUCGGCCGGCAUCGGCACUACGAGAUCAAGCAAUCGGACGACGAGUGUGUCCUGGAUCUUGAGCUGAUCGCCGACCUGAUCCUUCAGAUCGAUGCCCACGGAGAACCAGGCGGCAUCCUCUGUUUCCUUCCCGGCUGGCAGGAGAUUAAAGGGGUCCAGCAGCGUCUCUUGGAAAUCCUCGGGUCCCACAACAGCCGAUACCUUAUCUUACCAGUCCAUUCCAACAUCCCCAUGAUGGACCAGCAGAGCAUCUUCCCCCGACCCCCCGCCGGGGUCCGGAAAAUCGUCCUGGCCACCAACAUCGCCGAAACCUCCAUCACCAUCAACGACAUCGUCCACGUGGUGGACAGCGGGACCCACAAGGAGGAGCGCUACGAUCUGAAGACCAAGGUUUCGUGCUUGGAGACCGUCUGGGUGUCCAAGUCGAACGUCAUCCAACGUCGCGGCCGAGCCGGACGCUGCCAGUCGGGCUUCGCCUACCACCUCUUCCCGCGCAGCCGUCUGGACCGCAUGCCCACCUACCAGGUGCCCGAGAUCCUACGCACGCCGCUGGAGAACCUGGUGGUACAAACCAAGAUCCACCAGCCGGAGAAGACGGCCGUCGAGUUCCUCUCCAAAGCCCUGGACAGCCCCGACAUCAAAGCGGUGGACGAGGCCGUCAUCCUACUGCAGGAGAUCGGCGUGCUGGACCACCGAGAGGCUUUGACCACGCUGGGCAAGCGCCUGGCCCAGAUCUCCACUGACCCCCGGCUGGCCAAGGCCAUCGUGCUGGCGUCCAUCUAUCGCUGCAUCCAGCCGCUCCUCCUCAUCGUCUCCUGCCUCACCCGGGACCCCUUCAGCAGUAGCCUGCAGAACCGUACGGAGGUGGACAAGGCCAAGGCCAUCCUGAGUCGAGAAAGUGGUAGCGACCACCUGGCGUUCGUGCGGGCUGUGGCGGGCUGGGAAGACAUCCUCCGGCGCAGAGACAGCCGCGCGCGCGAUGACUACCUGCAGGAUUACUCGCUCUACGCCCCGAGUUUGCGCUUUAUCAACGGCCUGGUGAAGCAGUUUUCCGAAAACCUCUACGAAGCCUACCUGGUUCCGACGCCUUCGGAUUGCCUCUUGCCGUCCUCGGUGUGCAACCAGUACAGCGAGGAGGAGGAACUGGUGAAGGGAGUCCUGAUGGCCGGGCUGUACCCCAACCUCAUCCAGGUCCGGCAAGGGAAAGUGACCAGACAGGGCAAGUUCAAACCGAACAGCUAUACCUACCGGACCAAAGCGGGGACCGUCCUUUUGCACAAAUCCACCAUCAACAGGGAGUCCUCCAAGCUGUACAGCCGUUGGCUGACCUACUUCAUGGCGGUCAAGUCCAACGGCGGCGUCUUCGUGCGCGACUCCUCGCAAGUACAUCCGCUGGCGGUGCUGCUGAUGACCGAUACGGAUGUCUACGUGCGGGACGACGGCUGGCGGGCCACCAUUUCCUUGGUCGACAGUGACCUGCUGGUGCUGGAAGGCGACUCGUACACCAUACGGCUCCUUCGCGACUUCCGGGUGGCGCUCUCCCGGAUGGUGGAGACCUGCCUCUGUUACGAGAUGGCGGCCAUUCCCGGAGACCUCCACCACCAACACAGCCAGCUCUUGGACAUCCUGGUGGAUCUCCUAAAGGGCCCAUCGGCCAACUUUGGCACCUAGGAUUCUGGACCUGGGGACUUGUAAUUUGUACAAAGAUGUUGAGAUAUGUUUAUUUAAAUAAAGUUCUAUUUAUCCCUUGUGACGCCGCUCUCAUCCCAGAAGGUUCCCGGGGCUCGGCUCGCCGAUGGUUGGCGCCACAUCACCGUGGUUGGAGAGGCAGUGCCCCCCCGUAUCUUCCUGCAAGGCGGUCGCACGCCCGGAGACCUCCGAGGACUGUGUGACAGAUGCUCGGUCGCACAUCCGGAGACUUCCGAGGACAUUGCGGCGAAUGAUCCUGGUUUACCCCUGUGCGUGCACCUCGCCGCGCCGACCUCGCGCCCGAGGACGGAUUGUGUCCGCUCGUUCGAGAACGGGCAGCUGGCAGCGCCCUCAAGGCGCUUGAGAUGGCGAGGCGAGCCGAACGUCGGGACACGAGAUCGAGGGGGAUCGUUCCUCCCCCACCCCCACAUUGUCAGAGGAUAGGUUUACGGCAGCAUUCGGAAGACGAUCAUGCUCCUGCUUGAUUCGGGGGGGGGGAGAUGUUUCGUAUUUUGUUCCCCAAAUUUCUCGUCCUGGUGAGGAAGCCUCAGCUCGCGCCAGGAUUGUGCAAGCAGGAGAAACUCGGUGGCGUCGCUGCGCCUGGGGUCAUAACUAGCUUUCUGGAAGUGGUUAUGUUUCCCCAGGAACCGAGUUCCAGUUCAGUGCCCUGGAAGCCCCCUCCUCUGAAAAUAAGGGUGUGAGGUUACUUAGCAUUCUCGCGAGCCUGUUACCCUGGUUCUCGCGAGUCCUCUUGCAUGCCCAUUCCUCGGCUUCCUUGAGCCCACCAGGCCUCACAUCCGGGAUGCACGGCGCCCAUAUCUCCCGAGGGUGACCCCUGCACUACAUGGCAGAUGUGUGACAACAGAAACAUGGCUGUGAAUUGAAUAAGUUCGGACUACACUGCCUCAAUUGGGACAACCCCCUUAGUGAGGGAGGGUAGAAAAAGGAGCUUGAUCUCUCGUCGGUCUUCAGAAACUGCCUCAUUCUCUCGUCCAGAACGAGGCUGGCUGCCCUGUUAUCCUUGAUGCCGCCAUCCUGGCUUGGGCGUCUAACCAUGAUUUCCAUGCAAAUCUGGCGGAGAGGGGGAGGUUGGGAAAAUAGGAGGAGGACCCCAUCUCCCAGCACCUCUGCUCCCCCUCUCCUCCUGCCUUGCACACCCGAUUUCGGACUCGAAUCGGCAACCGUUUCAGGCGAAGCGGCACUCCACCGUUUGAACCGGGACUCCCUUUGGAGCCCCAAGGGCUGCUGGGAAUAUCCUCAAACGUACCUGUGACUCUUGAUGCUCGGAUAGGCCAGUGCUUGUUAUUUGUCCUGCACCCUUUUUACGACCUAGAUUAAAGCUAAUAAAUGGGGAUUAAAAAAAAAAAA